AUGAAUCUUUGUUAUCGUUGCCAGGUGCAAUUGUUGUGGCGGAGACAGCAGCAAUGGCCCUCGGUGCAGCAGCCAUUUCAGACGCCGAAGCUCCGCUGCUGGACGAUACAGUCGAGGGUUCCAUUGACUUCAAAGGCCGCCCCGUUUCCAGAUCCAAAUCUGGUGGCUGGAAAUCAGCUUCUUUCAUCAUAGGCGUUGAAGUGGCGGAGAGGUUUGCUUAUUAUGGAAUAAGUUCGAAUUUGAUAAGCUAUUUGACGGGACCCUUGGGCCAGUCCACAGCCACGGCGGCGGAGAAUGUCAACGUGUGGUCUGGGACGGCGUCGCUUUUGCCGCUGUUGGGUGGAUUUUUGGCAGACUCAUUCUUCGGUCGAUACCGGAUGAUUGUUGUUGCUUCUGUCCUGUACAUUUUGGGACUUGGAUGCUUGUCUCUAUCAGCUCUGAUUUACUCUUUCGACUCUUCUGAUUCGCCGCCACAGCUGCAAAUUGUUCUCUUUUUCUUCUCCUUAUAUAUAGUAGCAUUAGCACAAGGCGGGCAUAAACCUUGUGUCCAAGCUUUUGGAGCUGACCAGUUUGAUGAGCAGGAUCCAGAAGAGUGUAAAGCUAAAAGCUCAUUCUUUAACUGGUGGUACUUUUCCUUCUGUGCUGGUGUUGUGGUAGCUCUGUCUGUUUUAAACUACAUCCAGGACAACUUGAGUUGGGGCCUUGGCUUUGGAAUCCCCUGCAUUGUCAUGUGUCUUGCCCUGAUUCUGUUUUUGCUUGGAAGCUAUACGUAUCGGUUUCGCCUACAAAGUGAUGAGAGGAACCCAUUUCUCAGGAUUUCUCAAGUAUUUGUCAGAGCAGCUAGAAAUUGGCAGACCACCACUUCAGUUAUAUCCAUGGAAGCAGAAAAUCAGGGAAUUCUGCCUUAUGAAGGCUUUCAGCAAUAUGAGUUUCUUAAUAAAGCAUUAGUUGCACCUAAUGGUUCAAAACUAGAUGGGAAAGUCUGUAGCAUCACUGACAUUGAAGAGGCUAAGGCAAUUCUUAGGCUUGUUCCAAUAUGGGCUACAUGUUUGAUUUAUGCAGUAGUAUAUUCACAAUCAUCCACUUUAUUCACCAAGCAAGGAGUUACAAUGGACCGUUACAUCACCCCAACGUUUCAAAUACCAGCUGCUUCACUCCAAUCUGUCAUCAGUUUAUCCAUUGUCAUCUUUAUUCCUGUCUAUGACCGGAUUUUGGUUCCAAUAGCCAGAGCCAUAUCUGGGAAACCAUCUGGCAUCUCAAUGCUUCAGCGGAUUGGUACUGGAAUAUUUCUAUCUUUGCUUUCCAUGGUAAUUGCAGCUCUAGUUGAGAGGAAACGUCUUCAAACAGCUAUUCAAUAUGGGCUGGUGGACAUGCCAAAGGCGACAGUGCCAAUGAGUGUGUGGUGGCUGACACCCCAAUACUUGCUUUUUGGAGUUUCUGAUGUGUUCACAAUGGUUGGUCUUCAAGAAUUUUUCUAUGACCAGGUCCCGAGUGAAUUGAGAAGUAUAGGUCUUGCUCUAUAUCUCAGCAUAUUUGGGGUUGGGAGUUUCAUAAGCAGUUUUCUCAUCUCUGUCAUUGAGAAAGCCACAGGUGGGCAGGGUCAGGACAGUUGGUUCUCCAACAACUUGAAUCGGGCACAUCUAGAUUACUUCUAUUGGCUUCUGGCGGGGCUUAGUACAGCUGCAUUCAUCACCUACCUCUACUUUGCAAAAUCUUAUAUUUAUAAUAGAAAAGGCAAUGUGUGAUAUUAUCUCGCAUAAGACGAUAUCAACUUCCACGAGAAACUAGAGAGAGCAAGUAGGAAAUCCUAGAGUAUUUUCUCAUGGAAAGUAUUGGUGCAUCAUUUUCUAUCUGCCAUGCUGUUGCUAUUUUCUCAUAAAGAUGGUAUGCUUUUCAUUGACAGCAACAAUGGUUUCUACAAAGAUUUUCUUCAUUGUAUAUCCUUAGUUGGCCUAUCAUCUACUGGUUACUGAAUGUUCCCAGAACAUAAGGUCUACUGAUUGGCCGCAUUCGAUGAUACUGUAAACAUCAUCGAAUUGUAGUUGUAGCAACAUAAAUAUCAUCAUUGAAAUAUUAAUUUGAAUGUUUAUUGGCUGCAA